AUGGGCAGCCAGUCAACAAACCAGGGUCUUACUCUCAUCUGCGUCACCAUUGUUGCGGUCAUCGUCUGCAGUGAGGCGGCCACGGGUAGACAAUAUGGGACAUGGGUGGACAGACGGAGAGACAGAGAAUGUCAGCGAAGCUUGAUCUGUGAGUACAGACAAGCCAACUGCAUCAAUAACUCACCGCAGAAUCAAUGGAGGUGCAUAGCUAUCAUUAACUCAAUGAAUGCAAAGAUGUGCACCCGUCACAUUUGCGAGAAAGCCCAGGGAAUGGUGUGCUCAGAGACUGACCCCGGGGAAAUAUGA